UGCCCGAAGUAAACACCACCGCGUCGCGAGCAAAACUUUACUGUCACCGAUGGAUGCAGCACUUUACAAGCGAAUAGCCCAGUUCCGACAUAAAAAUUAGCAAAAAACUUUCGACAUUUUGACGCAGGACUUGAUCUAAGCUCACUCGAAAAAUGUACGGGUUUGUUAAUUAUGCAUUGGAGUUAUUGGUGGUGAGAACGUUUGAUAACGAAACAUGGGAAGCUAUCAAAAAAGAUGCAGCUGUUAAUAUGGAUGGCCAAUUUUUGGUCCGUCAAAUUUACGACGAUGAAGUUACUUAUAAUAUUAUCGGUGCUGCGGUCAAUAGACUCAAAAUACCAGCAAACGACAUUCUUGAACUUUUUGGGAAAAUGUUCUUCGAGUUUUGUCAAGAUUCAGGAUAUGAUAAAAUAUUACAGGUGCUCGGAGCAACUCCCAGAGAUUUUUUGCAGAACUUAGACGCUCUUCACGACCAUUUGGGUACAUUAUAUCCAGGCAUGAGAGCUCCUUCAUUUAGGUGCACAGAAAGACCUGAAGAUGGUGCGCUGGUGUUACAUUAUUACUCUGACCGACCUGGGUUAGAAUACAUAGUUAUUGGAAUUGUUAAGACGGUUGCUAAAAAACUUCAUGGCACAGAUGUCGAAAUGAAAAUCCUUAAGACUAAAAAUGACGAUUGUGAUCACGUCCAGUUUCUAAUAACCGAACAGUCAGGCCCAGGAGUAGAUCAAAAACAAACAAUUGCCGAUAUCGAAUGCCUUUCAGUUGAACCAAAAGUUAGUCCAGCAACAUUUUGUAGAGUAUUUCCGUUCCAUUUAAUGUUUAACCGAAACUUGAGAAUAGUACAAACUGGAUGCACAAUCACACGUGUUAUCCCGCAAGUCUGCAGUGGUAAUUGCAAACUGAGCGAUAUUCUUUUAACUGUAAGACCACAUCUUGAAUUGACGUUUGAAAAUAUUUUAUCGCACAUCAAUACUGUGUACGUUUUAAGAACUAAAAAAGGAGUGAUGCAAGUUGAAGCUACAGAAGAAUACUCCUAUCUACGUUUGAAAGGACAAAUGUUGUACGUGAGGGAAUCGGACUCAGUUAUAUUUUUGUGCUACCCAAGCGUUAUGAACUUGGACGAUUUAACAAGGAGAGGCCUGUACUUGAGCGAUGUGCCACUUCACGAUGCCACGCGUGACCUGGUCCUAAUGUCUGAGCAAUUUGAGGCCGACUAUAAGUUAACGAGAAAUUUGGAGCUACUCACGGACAAGUUGCAGCAGACGUAUCGCGAGCUCGACGGUGAGAAGCAGAAAACCGACAGGUUGUUGUACUCGGUGUUGCCGGCCUCGGUGGCAAACGAGCUGAGACACUCGCGACCGGUGCCAGCCAAACGCUACGACUGCGUGACCCUUCUCUUUUCUGGCAUCGUCGGCUUCAGUGCAUACUGCGCCGCGCAUUCCGACUCAAGUGGUGCCAUGAAGAUUGUCAAUAUGCUCAACGAGCUGUACAUUGCCUUCGACGUACUCACCGAUCCAAUGAAAAAUCCCAAUGUCUACAAGGUCGAGACCGUCGGCGACAAGUACAUGGCUGUGAGUGGCUUGCCCGAGCCCUGCCGAUGCCAUGCGCGCUGCAUAGCACGUCUGGCCCUCGAUAUGAUGGAUCUGGCAGCCGAGGUGCCGAUUGAUGGCAAGCCCGUGAAAAUAACCAUUGGCAUCCACAGCGGAGAGGUAGUAACGGGAGUAAUUGGCCAUCGCAUGCCACGCUACUGUCUAUUUGGCAAUACUGUGAAUUUAACCAGUCGGACAGAGACGACCGGCGAGCCUGGCAAAAUAAAUGUUUCAGAAGAUGCUUACAGGUACCUGUGUAUGCCGGAAAAUCAGGAUCCACAAUUUCUGCUAGAAUAUAGAGGGCCAAUUAUCAUGAAAGGUAAAUCAGAACCAAUGAAUGUUUGGUUUCUUUCUAGAGAGAGGGAGUUACCAGCUUAAGCAACAGAAUGCAGAAUGCGCAGUACGUUCAAACAGCAUAUAUGGAAUUCUUCCUCAGGCAGAUAAUUACUUAUUAUGGGCAAUUUACAAUUUUUUUCCGUUCAAUAUAUUCCUCAUUCAAAGUCUAUUAUUUAAAAUGGAACGUUAAGCUCAAGAAACAUAGAAGAAUCAUUGUGAUAGAUUAAUUAAAAAAUAAUAGCAUUAUUCACUCCAGUAAAAUAGUAAAAGUUUAUGAAAAAACUUUUUGAUUCUCAGAUCCUUCGCUAACGAUUGUUCUUACUCAACAAUAGGAUCCAUAUUCUUUAUCCAUUCAAUUCUACAAAUAAAAAUGCAAUGUCCUCUAAAAAAAUAGUCAUAACAUUUAAGAGCACUAAUGGGUGAAAGGUGCGAUCGAAGUGAAUCAAAAAUUAUUAACAACUUUAUGAAAAAUCUCUCUUUGCUACGAUAGAUUCUUUUUAUAAAUGAUUUCAAUUUUAUUGUGAAAUACGUUGAUACAUACAAUGUAUUCAUAUAUAAUUAUAUAGUCUAAUUUAUUUAUAAUAGUUUUUAACAAUG